GAAAACUAAUCUAUCGUGUUCUAAUCACACGCACACGUGCAGACUACACUGAUGUUAUGUUAUCACUUUCUCACGAGUUGAUCAUUAACUGAGCUGCUGCGAUGAUCACAGAUGUCACUGAUUUUACGUGUUUUUUUGCAUUCUGACUGGGUUUGUGGCGCGCGGAUUCAUUAUGGCAGCUCUGCGUGCAGCAAAACAAGCUUUGAGAAGAGAAAUCAAGGGUCGAGUGGCGGCAGUGAGUGAUCAGGAGAAACUGAGACAGUCUCGAGUUGUCUCUCAAAAGUUGUUCAGGCAUCCCAAAUACCUGUCCAGCCAGCGUGUCGCUGUCUUCCUGAACAUGCAUGACGAGGUGCGCACACACGACAUCCUGCAGGACAUCUUCAAGAGGGGUAAAGCCUGCUUCAUUCCCAGAUACUUCACCCAGAGCAGUCAUAUGGACAUGUUACGACUCCGAGACAUGGAGGAGGUGAAGACGCUGCCCCUCACGACCUGGAACAUCCAGCAGCCAGCAGACGACGACUGCGACAGAGAGGAAGCCCUGGCCACAGGAGGACUAGAUCUUAUCCUCAUGCCUGGUUUGGGAUUUGAUAAGAAGGGGAAUCGGCUUGGCAGAGGAAAGGGUUUCUACGACACGUAUCUGGAGCUCUGUAGGACGCACCCAAAGGGAAAGCCAUACACCAUCGCCUUGGCUUUCAAAGAGCAGCUGUGUGCUGAAGUCCCAGUGGGGGAACAUGAUAUUCUUAUUGAUGAAGUCCUCUAUGAAGACGAGGAAUGAACUGCAUCAGUCAGACCUUGAUUUCAGCGCUGCUCAGAGUCUUUUGAAUUCAAAUGAUUCCUACGACACUGAUCCCGUUUCAGAAUGAAAUACAUUAAAUCUCUUUGGAUGCAAUCCAUAUUCUCGAACCAAAUAAUGUCUGGGGACUUCUUUCAGAGAAGAGCUUCUGUAUCAGCAUAAGAAUUACCAAAAGGCUAAAUAUGCAGUCUGUCCUGACAUUAAAGGAACAGUUCACUCAAAAA